AUUCAUCGAUCGCUCGGGCAGCCGUUGGGUCUGCGGUGUGGCUGGCGAGCGAGAGCCCGCUUGGUUGCAUUUGGCGUGGGCUUGGAGCCAACCGGCCCUGCUUUCCGUCUCUGUCUCGGCACCACCUGCUCAUCUAUCCAACCAUCCGCCUCGCCGCCCUCCCAUGUCCUCGCAUCCAUCGUUUCCGCCCUUGAGGGACCAUGCUCCCGCCGCCCCAUACCAGGCCGGCGAUAGCUCGUCGUUCCGAUCGCCGGGCACACCCCUCCCGCCUCCGCGUCGCAAUCUGCCAACGACAGCGACGAUCGAUGGUAUCAGCCCGCUGCCCAGCUUCCAUCCGCCUGCCUCGGCGCUGCCGCACGACUCCCAGGACGAGUCGAUCCGCGGCACCAACGAUGACGCCGUCAUCAGCCGAGCAUCUGCGGUUGAAAUGGGCUACUUGUCGGACCCAUUUAUCAAAUGGUUUGUGCGCCGAGGAGCCAAACGCCCACCCAUCAUCAACCGAGGCACAUACUCCCGAGUUCGGGCUCUCGACGAUCUCACCGCCAAGUUCCUCAAAACCAACCCGGAGUCGAAGCAGGUCGUGUCGCUGGGGGCAGGAUCGGAUACUCGAUACUUUCUGUUGAAGGCUGGUGGCGUCUCGGCCCGGAAUUACUUUGAGAUCGACUUUGGCGAAAAUACCGUCAAGAAGGUCGGUGUACUUCGAAAGAAGAAGGAGAUGCUCGAGCUGCUAGAGGACUACAAACUCGCCAUGGGUGGCAUGGAGAUCCACGCCAAGGGAUACCAUUUGAUUGCUGGAGAUCUCCGCAAGUGGGAAACCGAGGUCGUUGCCAAGCUCGAAUCCCACGGAUUUGACAAAAGGCUGCCGACGCUGUUCCUGUCCGAGUGUGUAAUGAUAUACAUGCUGCCUCAGGACUCGGACGCCCUCGUCAGAUGGGUCGCCACCCAUAUGGACAACGCCAUGUACGUGACCUAUGAACAGAUCCUCCCCGACGAUGCCUUUGGACGCGUAAUGCUCCAUAACCUGAAGAUGCGUGGAAUCGAGCUGCCCGGGAUUCACUCGUAUCCCACAAUCGAAGACCAGAAGGAGCGCUAUCUCAAGCACGGCUUCGAUCAAGCCCAUGCACUUGACAUGAACCAGAUCUGGGAUCACCACACCGAUCCGCAGGAGCAUCUAAGAAUCAUGAAAUUGGAGAUCUUUGACGAAGUCGAGGAAUGGAGGCUGCUGAGUGCGCACUACUGUGUCUCGUGGGCAUUCAAGAGCUCGCUAGAUAUGCAGGACCCGCUGUCGCCCUUCCACGGAGUCCAGUUCACAGCAUACGAGCCCAUCCGUCCGGUGCUUCCCAUCAAAUCCGGCAGCAGCUAGACCAGCCCGGUUCGGCAAUUCAUCGAUAGCCAUUUACCGAUUCUGUGCACAGCCAUGAACGGAUGAGCAAAUGAACGGAUGAGCAAAUGGAUGAUUAAGCGAGCCAAUAAACGAGUCGUCAGAGCACAUCAGCGUUCACAAAA